CGGAAGUGUGCGUCGCCAGAUCUGUCCCCGCGGCGCCAUCUUUAGACCCAUUGUGGUGGGGGGGGGGAAACCAAAGAAAACUGGUCCGCCGCCUAUUGCCUUCCCCCAACAUGAAGGAUUAACAAAGAUUCCCCCUCUCACUCGAUGUUUGAGAAGCGAUGGCUGCGGUUAAGGACAAAGAGGCAUUUCAGAGACUGAACUUCCUUUAUCAGGCUGCUCACUGUGUGCUCGGUCAGAACCCUGAGAACCAGGAGCUUGCAAGAUUUUACUGUUACACCCAGCGAUCAAUCAGCAAAAGACUCGUCCUUCGGCAGGACCCCUCUGUGAAGCGGAGCAUCUGUAAACGCUGCUCCUCCCUCCUGCUUCCUGGUCUGACAGCUACUGUACGACAGAGAAAGCGUCGGCAGCGCUUGACCAUCGUGAGGUGCCUGUCGUGUGGACUGACCAAGCGGUUCCCCAGUAAACCGGGCUACACCCUCUGGGUGGAGCAUCCCGAGGCACAGCUUCAGCUGCAGGCCCCACACCAGAGUCCAGCUGAGUGAGGGCAAGGGUCACUGGGGUCGGAGGGCCUUAGAAAGUGACCGGACAGUUGACCACGAGGGGUCGGAGAGUCCCGGCGUGAAGGGAAGCCAAUGAUGGGUGCAGGGUGGGAGCCCGGAUGGCGCAGUUCCUCACCUCGCCUGAGGAGGCAGCACACGCCUCGAUCGACUCGUCCACCCCCCUCACACGAGACCCUCCGCACGCUCACCUCGAGGCUUCGGCCAGAGUGAAGACUUCGGAUCGGGAAGGCGAGCGAGCUUCCAUCAAACUCCCGAGGAAAAUUUUCCUCCUGAUCCUUCGGAAUGUUGCUGCCGAUAGCGUUACCAGACAGGGAGAGCGAGGGGACAGCUGCACCUUACCCUGCUGAAUAAACAGUGACUCUGUACAGUUACACAGUGAGUGAUCGUUACCCUGAAUAAACAGUGACUCUGUACAGUUA